AUUGGAUCUGUAAUAGCUCUUCACUUGACUGCAGCCAGCAAUAACAACAGGAGCAGCUGGGGAGAUAAGAGAGACGGGAGUGUGUGUGUGUGUGUGUAAGGGAAAGACAGUGAGGGGGGAAGGUGUUGGGGAGAGUGUACCAACACCACAGCGUCCACUUUACUUCCUUAUUUCCCUCACUCUUUAUUUCCCCCCCAUCACCAGGAUCCAAUGAUAGCCGGAAAAGUCAGCAAGCCUCUGCUGCUGCUUCGGAGUGAGAUGAAUGCAGAGUCGAGAGGUGAGGACAAGGCAGCUACUUCAGACAGUGAGCUGAACGAGCCCCUGCUUGCUCCUGUGGAAUCAAAUGAUGGUGAGGACACUCCCAGCAAGCUCUUCGGAGCCAGAGGCAACUCCGUGGCGAUUGAGGCAGGUACAAAUGAUCUUCUUCACCCCAGCCAGUCUCAUCCAGGAUUCUCAGUUGGGCCUCAGCCAUUGCUAGCAGCACAACAGUUGGCAUCUGCUGUAGCGGGAGUAAUGCCGGGAGGUGCGACGGGCCUUAACCAGCCCAUCCUCAUCCCAUUUAACAUGGCCGGGCAACUUGGGGGGCAACAAGGACUGGUCCUGACAUUGCCUACAGCAAACCUUACAAAUAUUCAAGGUCUGGUGGCAGCUGCAGCUGCUGGAGGGAUAAUGACGCUGCCAUUGCAAAAUCUACAAGUUUUAUCAGCCCUGCUCAGUUCAUUUCUGGGACCAACAGAAUCACCCCCGCCCCCCACCACACACCAAGGAGAUAUGUUCUGUAGUCUUUACUGUUUUCAGGCAUCUAGUCGUGAUGAAGAUGACUUGCUGAAGUUCAGACCAAGUAUCAACAUAGGGAAGAAAGGGGAUCUAAGUGACUUUAAAUGUAGCAUGGUUGUUGGUGAAAGACAAGCUGGUCUGAGUAUUUAA